GGUAGCGAAAACGUUCACCACUCAAACUCGUGCGCACCGUAUGUCAUGACAUACUCGCGAAACUGUGCAACGAAAACAACAAAAUAAUUCUUAGAAAAUCGCGCCGCGUUUUUAUUGGUGAUAUCCGUGCAAGCUCGUGCGUUUAACACCUUUAUAGUGCGAAAUACCAUAGAAUUUGUGUGUUGUGAUCUAAAUAAACUGUGUAAUAAUAUUACUGGUGUCUGGAUUUUUUGCUGCAAUUCGCUGAUGGCGUACUGAGAUGUAAAAACGGAUUCAAGACAAAAUAGAAACAAUAAGUAUGGGAAGUGCUCGCGAAUCACAAGCUAAACCAAUUCCAAUGGAGAACACAAACAAGAAAUCUUUAAAAACCCUCGUCAUAUCAUUCUUUACGAAAAAGAAAGAAAAACCCAAACGGAAGAGUAAACAUGAGAUCACAGAAGUUAAAGUUGAAACUAAAGAACCAGAGCCGGUCCAAAAACCAAAUAUCGUGGCCGCAAUACUGGAAAACUUCGACAAACUAAACCUUGAAGACAAAAAACCUGUUAAAGAAGAAAAAGUAGACAAACCAGCCGAAGAAGAGGAUGAACUGGACAACUUCACAUUCAAAGUAAUAGAAGAACCAAGAAAUGAGAGAAUCCACUCACAUUCCUCAGAAGACAGUGGCUUCUCAGACAAUAAAGACCAGGAAACAGUGGAAAAGUUUGAAAAAGAGGUCAAAAAUGAGACCAAUGAAGCUGACGAAUUGGCUGAAGAUUUGGAGAAACUUGGUAUUGACGAGAGUAAAAAGAAGAAGGAGAAGAGAUUGCAAACUGUACAUUUGUCGAGGGCUCCGAUUAGGCACAAUAAAGGUGGAUAUGGACCAGUAGCUGCACCAUACCCUCCACAGGAUGAGAGCUAUAGCAAGAUCAGUUCCAUAAACAAGCACACACUAUCUGGCGGCCAGGUGUUAGUGAACCAAUGUCAAGUCCCAGACAACUUCUCCGAAGUGAAACAAGCCCUAGAAACGGUACAAAAGAACUCACAAUACUUACAAAAUGACAGAGAAACGUAUUUACAAGAUGUUAUGGAACUUAUCAAGGAAGAUACGAUUGUUAAAACAAUCCCACAAGUCGUUGUUACGCCUGAGUACGAGUACCAACAACACACGUCCGUAGACUAUGUGAAAAAACCAUCUGUCACAAAUUAUACUGAACAGUAUGCCGAAAAAACUAUGCAACAUAAUGAUUUGAUGCAGUUGUUAGAGGAAAAUUAUGAUAUGUCACCACAAUCUAUAUCGAAUUCCAUAGACCAAUUCGGUCAUGAGCAAUUCACAGACAUCUUCAAUUACGUACAAAAAGAAUACAGUCAAACUUCAAACGAUGGUUUCGUUAACGCAGAAUAUACCUAUCCUACUCCACCGCGCUCCGAAACCGUACCCAGUCCGAUGUCAGCGUCUCCCGGAUCAUUUUACCCAACAAACUCGGAAUACACACUGUCCCCGGAAAGAUCGCCGAUAUACAACUGCGAUUACGAAAAAUAUCAAGAGAUCCCCCAUUUUGAAGAAGAAAAAGAAGCCAUAGAUAAAAAAGCGCGGGAACGCACCGCCUCUAUAUCGUCUAUGACAAUGAAACAGUUCAAGGAUAUGCAAAAGGAGAUCGUACAUAAUUUCUCCAAGAAGGACUGUUGUGAAGUUACUAGGAAACCGUGCAAAGAAUUGUUUAAAGAGCAUCUACAACGGAUCAACCCGGCUGCGAGGAAGAAUUUGUGCAUGAACUUCGCUAAAUUAGAUCUGACAGAAGCUUACAAUGUGUUAGAACCGAUCCUGAAGAAUUUGUCGAAGAGCUCUGAGAAAGAAGAUGUGGAGUACUGUCUGUUCACCAUGAUCUGCGAGAGGAUGCUGGCGCAGGACCCUGCUCUAUUCGUUGGAGAUGCAGGUCUGAGUAUCCUGAAGUCAGCAGCUCUCCGGUGUCCGAACAGGCCACUGCUCACCAGGUACCUGGUGGAAUGCAUUCGAAAAGCCAUCAAGGCCAACCCCAGCCUCGUUGCGAACAGGGAAUAUAUAUUCCAUGAGGUGGAUGCUUUAGGCGAUAACUUGGUGAUAGCUUGCGCCCGUGCGGGUGACAGUUGUGCUGACGUACUGAGCGAGCUGGUGAGACCGUACGACGGUCAGCCACCACUGUUCAGACUUAGGCACACCAACGCUGAUGGAUAUACAGCAUUGCAUGUGGCCUGCAGUCAGCACAGCGCGGCCAGUCCGCGCCUGCACACCGUACAUGUCCUGCUCGUACACGCUGACUUCGAUAUUACUGAGGGGGAUCUAAAAGGUGGUGAUACAGCCCUACAUCUAGCUGUGAACUCAGUCCACUGUGAUCUACAACUCAUUCUGAUGAUUUUCAAAAACAUUGAUCGCAAGGAAUGGAAGAAUUUGGCUCACCAUCGCAAUCUCAGUGGUAAGACGCCCUUGGAUCUCACGCGCACGGCCGCGAAAAACAAAUCCCGAAUUGAGUAUCCACAAGAAGUCCUAGAUUUCCUCAAAAAAUGCCGUUAAAAAAGAAAAAUACAAAAAUAAACGCUAAGAACUAAAAAUUUAGUGUUUAAUGAUAAACUACAAACACAUACGACAUAUUUUUAUACACUCUGUAUAUCAAAGUCAAAUCUUUGAAUUUGAAAGUAAUUAUGUUAAUAUGGUUCAUAAUUGUUUGCACUAACUUCUGCAAUUACAAACGAAGUUAGACUUUAUUUCAAUGCGCAAUAAGUCGAUUUCUAUUCGAGAAGUAUAUGGUUAGGGCUUGCAAUUAUGAGCUUUAUUGUAAACCAUGUUAUACAAUUACGGUACAUUUUAAGACAAGUGUCAAGCCUUAGAAGGGCUAUGCCCAAGAAGGCUAAAUUCAAUGGCCAAUAAAUGAUUUUGGCUUCAAACAGGUUUGAUCCAAUCUUAACUAUAAGAACUAUUUGUUUGACACUAUAAAUAUAAAAAUGGAGAUUAUAUUAUACAUGAAAACAUGGAACUUAUAAUGGCUCUUAUUAUAAAAGGGACUUAUAUCGCACGAAAAGCGUUUUCGGUCACAAUGUUAAACAAUAUUAAAAACUAAUAACUUUCACGCUGUUUUCGUUAAGAAAACAGCUCCAAUAUGGAAGAUAUAGUUAAAUAAAUAUGUUUGAGACCGGGAUAUUUCUUACCUACUCAAAAUGUCAAAAAGCCCGCCAAUUUUGUUAUAAAAGUUCAGUGAACUAUUGACAUAUGGAAGACAAAAGAUAAAUACUUUAUGGCUUUCAAGAUGGCGGAUUGUUUAAUUUGGGAAUUUGCGAAAUGUAAGGUAACAUCUACUAAUAUUGGAAGUAAAAUGUUGCUACAUGUAUCUUUGAAAUAUGUAUGUUUAAGGUCAUAAUUAAUGACGCUAUAAGAAGAGAAAAGCUUGGAAUAGACAAUACAAACGUAUUAUUUAAAAAAAAUCUAUGAUUUCUUGUGAUUUACACAGAAAAGAAUAUAUAAUCUAUAAAUCUAUGAUUAAUGGCUCUCAAAUUGAGAUGAAAAUAUACUUUUACCGAAAAAUCAUUUGUAUAUAAAUAAAAAUUAAUAUUUUUGAUAAAAAUAUAUGUAUUUUUACAGAAAUGGUUGUGCGAAACACGAUUUAGGAUUACGUCUAGUUUCUAAGUUUUGAUUACGAUAUUAUUUCGCGCCGUAACUUUUAAGAAUUUAUUAUAAUAAAUAGGUAUAGAACCGUU